CUUUUGCGCCUCAGCGGAUCGGUAAUCGACUUUUUUCUCCUGGCUGUAGAUUUUUGGCUGCUGUGUUUGUUGUGCAGCUAUCAAAACCAUCAAAUCAUGCCCGGUGUCAGCACAGCCGCAAAUAUAAUAAUGUCGUUACCGUGAACAAUAAACGUCAACAGUGUUGUUUUUUUUAACGUGUUUACAGGAUAAUAACGCGUGUAUCGGUGUGGGGAGAGUUUAAUCUGGGCGCCGGGGAGUGUUUGUGCACUGAUCCGAGGCCUUGUCGCAAACCCCAACCGCUCACAAAGUCUCGAGUAACCGUCGGGGAUUUCAUGUUUAACUCGUCGGGUUUUACCUAGAAUUUGUUGUUUUUUUGCCGUCGGAAGAUGGACACCGACAAAUUUAACUAUGUCUACAGUUGUGACUUGGACAUUAACGUCCAACUCAAGAUAGGCAGUCUGGAGGGUAAACGAGAGCAGAAGAGCUACAAGGCGCUGCUUCAGGACCCCAUGCUGCGUUUCUCUGGGCUCUACCAGGAGAACUGCUCCGACCUCUACGUUACCUGUCAGGUGUUUGCUGAGGGAAAGCCCCUCGCCCUGCCUGUUCGCACCUCCUACAAGGCAUUCAGCACACGCUGGAACUGGAAUGAGUGGCUGCGGCUGCCAGUCAAGUACCCAGACCUUCCCCAGAGCGCCCAGGUGGCCCUCACAGUGUGGGACGUCUACGGGCCGGGCAGAGCCGUCCCUGUGGGGGGAACCACUGUCACCCUCUUUGGCAAAUAUGGCAUGUUCCGGCAAGGGAUGCAUGACCUGAAGGUGUGGCCGGGGGUGGAGGGGGACGGAGGGGAGCCCACCACAACACCGGGACGCACCAGCAGCAGCCUGGCAGAGGACCAGAUGGGCAGGCUCGCCAAGCUGACGAAGGCCCAUCGGCAGGGCCACAUGGUGAAGGUAGACUGGCUGGACCGUCUGACCUUCAGAGAGAUUGAGAUGAUCAACGAGAGCGAGAAGCGUAGCUCCAACUUCAUGUACCUCAUGGUGGAGUUUCCCCGUGUCAAAACAAACGAGAAAGAGUACAGUAUUGUCUAUUAUGAAAAGGACGGAGAUGAUGCGUCACCCGUUCUCACCAGCUGUGACAUCGUCAAAGUCCCUGACCCACAGAUGUGCAUGGAGAAUCUAGUGGAGAGCAAGCAUCACAAAUUGGCCCGUAGCCUCCGCAGCGGGCCGUCAGACCACGACCUGAAGCCCAACGCCGCCACACGCGACCAGCUCAAUAUCAUUGUGAGUUAUCCUCCAACCAAGCUGCUGACGUCUGAAGAACAGGACCUGGUGUGGAAGUUCAGAUACUACCUCACCACACAGGAGAAGGCGCUGACCAAGUUCCUGAAGUGUGUGAACUGGGCUCUGCCCCAGGAGGCCAAGCAGGCCCUGGAGCUGCUGGGGAAGUGGAGGCCCAUGGAUGUGGAGGACUCUCUGGAGCUGCUGUCCUCACAGUUCACCAACCCCACGGUCAGACGCUAUGCUGUGGCCCGCCUGCAGCAGGCAGAUGAUGAGGACCUGCUGAUGUACCUUCUGCAGCUGGUCCAGGCCCUGAAGUACGAGAACUUCAGCGACAUCCAGGGAGGACUGGAGCCAGGCAGCAAGAGAGACAGCCAGGGCCUUGGAGAGAGCUCCGCGCUGGGGGACCUGGACAGUUCCCAGAUUCUGGCUGGCCCAUCAGUGCCCUCCUCUGCGCCACAAAAAGGCAAGGAAGGAGCCGACAGCGAGAAUCUGGAGCAGGACCUGUGCACCUUCCUCAUCUCCCGUGCUUGCAAGAAUUCUACACUUGCCAACUACUUGUACUGGUAUGUGAUCGUGGAGUGUGAGGACCAGGACACCCAGCAGAGAGAUCCUAAGACCCACGAGAUGUACCUCAACGUCAUGAGGAGGUUCAGCCAGGCUCUGCUCAAGGGUGAUAAGAGUGUGAGGGUGAUGCGGUCGCUGCUGGCGGCCCAGCAGACCUUUGUGGACAGACUGGUGCAGCUGAUGAAGGCUGUACAGAGAGAGAGCGGCAAUCGCAAGAAGAAGACGGAGCGCCUGCAGGCUCUGCUGGCCGACAACGAGAAGGUGAACCUGUCGGAGAUUGAACCAAUUCCUCUGCCACUGGAGCCUCAAGUCAGAAUUAAAGGCAUCGUCCCCGAGACAGCCACGCUGUUCAAGAGUGCUCUGAUGCCAGCCAAGCUAAUCUUCAAGGCCGAGGACGGAGCCAUGUACACAGUCAUCUUCAAACAUGGAGACGACCUGAGACAGGACCAGCUCAUCCUCCAGAUCAUCUCACUCAUGGACAAACUGUUGAGAAAAGAGAACCUGGACCUGAAGUUGACACCUUACAAAGUGCUGGCCACCAGCACAAAACACGGUUUUAUGCAGUUUGUUCAGUCUGUUCCUGUUGCUGAAGUCCUGGCUACUGAGGGCAACAUCCAGAGCUUCUUCAGAAAGCACGCUCCCAGUGAAAAAGGACCGUAUGGGAUCAGCUCUGAGGUGAUGGACACCUACGUUAAGAGCUGUGCUGGUUACUGUGUCAUCACAUACAUCCUGGGUGUAGGAGACAGACACUUGGACAACCUACUGCUUACCAAGACUGGGAAGCUGUUCCACGUUGACUUCGGCUACAUCCUGGGCCGCGACCCAAAGCCCCUGCCGCCGCCCAUGAAGCUGAGCAAGGAGAUGGUGGAGGGGAUGGGAGGCAUGCAGAGCGAGCAGUAUCAGGAGUUCAGGAAGCAGUGCUACACCGCUUUCCUGCACCUCAGGAGAUACUCCAACCUGAUCCUGAAUCUGUUCUCUCUCAUGGUGGAUGCCAAUAUUCCUGACAUCGCCCUGGAGCCUGACAAGACUGUUAAGAAGGUGCAGGACAAGUUCCGGUUGGAUCUGUCAGACGAGGAGGCCGUCCACUACAUGCAGAGUCUGAUUGAUGAGAGUGUGGGUGCUCUGUUUGCUGCUGUGGUUGAGCAGAUACACAAGUUUGCACAGUACUGGCGCAGAUGAGCAGAGACUGCUGCUGAGAUCAGGAGAACUGGAAUGACGGACACACAGGACCGCAACGGUAGAAACACACGGCCGUACGGCUCUGUACCUACUGAUGCCACGUGUGAGAGAGAAUGAAAGAAACCCCCAUGACACUGUUAAACAGGCCAAGAAUGCACUGCCAACCUUUACUGCAAGAUGGCUAAACAAGGACUCGGAUGCCUUCGUUUGCUCGUGUAUAUAUCGUGUAUAUUAAUAAUUAAAUGAAUGAAAAUGUAUGGCCAAAUAAAAGAAUGUUGAUACAA